UUGGUACAAGUCAUUUCACGGAAUUAAAAGUUAUAGAAGAUAAACUAGUAGACAUGUCCGAGGCUAGCGUGUUAUUUUUCCCGAUGAUGAACCGAAGUUUUGUUUUGUCAUCGUGCUUGGAAAACUGUUCCGUGCGGACAUUGACCGCAAUCAGACACACGGACGAGCACCUGGGCAUACCAAGAUCUGCGGUCAUUCUACUGGUGUACCUUAUAGAUGGUAUCAUACUUCCAGUUAUCUGCCCCGCCAUCUUGUUCGCGGUUUCGACCAUCUUGUGGAAUAUCUACGUCAGCUGCUCACGAGACCCAUCAUGCUCACUUCCGUUACCUCCCGGAAGUUCCGGUCUGCCUGUUAUCGGAGAAACACUUCAAUUUAUCAUGAAGGGACGAAAGUUUUUUGAUGAGAAGCGGAGAAAACACGGCAACAUAUACCGGACUCACAUGCUCGGGAAACCCACUAUUCGCAUCGUUGGAAUAAAAGGAGUAAAGCAAAUAAUGGCAGGCGAAAAUUUCCGAGUGACAACAGAGUGGCCUAGAAGUACCCGGAUGUUGCUCGGAGAAGGCAGUUUAUCGUCGUCAACAGGACUGACCCAUUCCAUUCGGAAAAAGGCUAUACUGCGAGCAUUUACUCACGAAGCUAUUAGUUCCUACACCCCCGUCGUCCUGGAGGUAGUACGGGACUACAUCAGCAGUUGGUGUGACAGGGCCAGUAUCCUUGGUUACAAAGAGUUCCGAAGUAUGAACUUUGAACUCACGUGUCGUGUACUAUUAGGUAUCGACAUGGACCGACCGGAAAAGACUAGACUGAUGGGACACUUCGAGACGUUUCUUGGAAGCCUGUUCAGUCUACCUGUUUGUGUUCCAGGAUUAGGACUGUACAAGGGGAUGAAGGCCAGAGACGCGCUCCUACAGAAGAUAGAACAGUGUAUCAAAGAGAAGCAAGGAUCUGGAUCCCCGCACAGCUUCAUGGACGCUCUCAGUCUGAUGAUGGAUAUAGAAGGCGAGGAGAAACUAACAUUGGACGAAGCUAAGGAUGUUGGCCUUGAACUUUUAUUUGCAGGUCACGAGACAACCUCCAGCGCAGCCUGUACACUAGUGUUACAGCUGACAAAACACCCGAAAGUGAUGCUGAAGAUUGUCGAUGAACUCGCUCGAUACGGAUUGACGGAUAGCCUCGAUGUGGAUAUUCCUUACGAAACAGUCAACAAGCUCAAAUACACCCGGGACGUAGUCAAGGAAGUAUUACGACUGACGCCACCUAUCGGUGGGGGUUACCGGAAGGCCCUCCGUACAUUUGAGAUUGAGGGCUACCAAGUGCCAAAGGACUGGGCUGUUGUUUACUCCAUAAGAGAUUCUCACGAAUCGUCAGAAUUCAUUGACAGUCCGGAAAAGUUUGAUCCCGAUAGGUGGAGCAACCUAGAUGUUGAGGAGAGGCAACAUUUCCUGGCGUUCGGAGGCGGAAAACGUGGGUGUGCAGGGAAGGAGUUCGCGCUAUUGGUACUCAAGAUGUUGGCAAUAGAGCUGUCACGAUCCUGUUCGUGGACAGUCCCAAAUACGGACCCUCCAAUGAAAUGUUUACCCAUCCCCUACCCUACAGACAAUUUGCCCAUGCAAUUCUCAGGGCUCUAUCAGAUGAGGCAGCGUUCUCUCACAGUUUGAUGUCUCGCUCUCACAGUGUGAUGUCUCGCUCUCACAGUAAAGUAUCUCGGUUCCAAAGUGAAUAUAAAGCAAUGCACCCUAAUGCAAGACAUGACUUCAAAUGUAAAGUAAUAUUAAACAAUACAUCCGUGAUAUAGAAAUAAUGUUCAUGUAAAACAUAUUCAACGUGUCUCUAAAUUAUGUAAAAGAACUUGAUCUAUUGAUAUGUAAGAUGUAUAUAUGUUGGACAUUGUAUUCCUUAUGUAAAAUUAAUGCAUCAUAUGAUGUAUGAUGUAAACGGUAGGUCGAGUACAAUUUAUAAGUGCAUAUUGUACCACAAUGUGUGUAUGGUGUAUCAUUUAUUUAUGAUGUAUGAUUUAUGAAAUUGAUACUGUAUGUGUGUAUGUGACGUUGAUCAUGUGUCGAUAAAUACAUGUGUUGUGAUACGCGAUGCAUGUGAUGUAAACAGUAUAUGUGACGUACAAUGUAUGAAAUGUAUAGAUCUCGAGUAUAUGAUGUACAAUGCAUGUGAUGUACAGUGGAUGUAACGUACAGUGUGGAAGACGUACAAUGUAUGUGACGUACAAUGCAUGUGAUGUACAGUGGAUGUGACGUAUGGUGUAUGUGACGUACAAUGUAUGUGACGUACAAUGUAUGUGACGUACAAUGUAUGUG